AUGUUCCGUCCCGUCGCCCGAGCGCUUGCUCGCGCGCCUGCUGUCGCGGCCCGUAGCCCGGCAAGCACUCGAUUGAUAAGCACUGCUGGUCCGACCUCGAAAUCGAGAACCUGGAAGAACACCUUUGUCCGCCUUGGAUUGGCAGGUGGUGCUAUCUACUACUACAACACGAGCAGUGCUUUUGCUCAAGAGCCUUCUUUCUCCCUUCUCGGCCAAUCUAAGAAGGAGAAAACCGCCGAUUCUCCCGCCGCUACUCUCGACUCUAUCACCCCCAAGAUCCGUGAAGAGAAGGCCGUCGCCCGGUCUCAGCCGAAGGCCGAUGCGCUUGCCCCCGAAGUUGCUGCCCCAGAGGCUGCUGCAUCCGAUGCUGCUGCCGUUGAGAUAAACCCCCAGUCUGCCGCGUUCAACCCGGAGACUGGCGAGAUCAACUGGGACUGCCCAUGCUUGGGCGGCAUGGCCCACGGCCCUUGCGGAGAGGAGUUCAGGGCGGCAUUCUCCUGCUUCGUGUACUCGAACGAGGAGCCCAAGGGUAUUGAGUGCAUUGAGAAGUUCAAGGGUAUGCAAGAUUGCUUCCGGCAACACCCUGACGUGUACGGCGCCGAGUUGGAGGAUGACGAGCCCGAGGGUGAUGCCCCUGCACCCGUCCCCGCCGCCGAAAGCGACGCCCCUUCGCCCGCCGAUGUCCCCGCCGAGCUCCCCGAGACCGACAAGCUGGUCCCCAAGGCCCAUUUCGAGGCCGAGCAGCAGGACAAGGAAGCCAAAUGA